UUUGCCCCCGAUCGUGUGUUUUUUUCCCGUUUUCUCGUUUGGAGGCCUUUUUUUUUUAUUCUUAUCUCGCUCUCCGUUUCAUUGAAAUUUCGAAACCUAAUCUCUCGGAAACCCUAAUUUCUUCGAAGAUUCUUGAAAUUGGAGCUUUUUGUUCUGCAAUUUGCUCGGAUCUCGAUGUGGAUUGAGUUCUAGGGUUUUGGGGCCUCCAGUAAGGAUUGUGAUCUUUCGGGGGUCAAUUUGAUGGCGGACGGCAGGCAAUAUUCACUGAAUCAGCAGUUAGGAAUUGAGCAGAUACUUCAGGAAGCUCAGCAUCGAUGGUUGCGUCCAGCUGAAAUUUGUGAAAUUCUGCGGAACUAUCAGAAAUUUCAUAUUGCUCCAGAGCCUCCACAUAGGCCUUCUAGUGGUUCACUCUUUCUUUUUGAUCGCAAGGUCUUGAGGUAUUUCAGAAAAGAUGGUCAUAACUGGAGAAAGAAAAAAGACGGGAAGACCGUGAAAGAAGCACAUGAGAGGCUAAAAGCGGAUAGUGUUGAUGUUCUUCAUUGUUAUUACGCUCAUGGAGAAGAGAAUGAAAGCUUCCAAAGACGAACUUAUUGGAUGCUGGAAGAGACGUUCAUGCACAUCGUUCUUGUUCACUAUCUUGAAGUCAAGGGUGGCAAAGCAAGCAGUUAUAGCCGUACCAGGGAUGAUAAAGAAAUCACGAAAAGUUCCCAGACGGACAGUCCUAUCUGUUCUAAUUCUUUUACAAGUCAGGAUCAAUUGCCUUCACAAACUACAGAUGCUGGGAGCCCAAGCAGUGCUCAGACAUCAGAAUAUGAAGAUUCUCAAUCAGAUAAUUAUCAAGCCCGAUCCGGACACCACCCUCUCCUUGGGUUGCAACAGUAUGAGAAUGGACAUUUGAUGGAUGUUCAUUUGUUGAACUCAAAUAUUCCAAUUUCCUCCCUAAUUAACCAGUAUAAUAAUCAAAGUUCGUUGGUGUCAACACCAGAGACUGAUUUAUGUUCUGGUUCUAAAGAGAGUAUAGCUAAAGUAUUUAAUCGGAUAGGCCUUGGUUUAGGAUUUAAUAGCGGCAGAACACAGCUUGACUUACCACCCUGGGAUGAAGUCCUGGAACACCAUGCAACAGGAAUUUCAAGCACGCCUGUCCCAACUUCUCUGCAAGCGGAAGCUGCUGCAACGAGCGACAUUACUAAGCAAGUGAACUUGACAUUUGGGGAACUUUUAACUGGCGGAAUCAAUUUCAAGCAACAAGAUGAAAGCAAGGCAGAGCUGCAGGAACAUCCUCGUGACAUCGAUUCUGUCGCUUCAUCCCAAGCCAAUGUAAAAUGUGAACUUUCUUUAGAUGGCAUUAUGAGUUCCCCAGCAAUAUUGAAACAGUCAUCAGCUGGACUAUCUAACGUAGAAGGAGAAGGCUUGAAAAAAUAUGACAGUUUCUCAAAGUGGAUGAGCAAAGAGUUCACUGAGGUAGAUGAUCCUCAUAAAUCCACCUCUCAGGCCUAUUGGAAUUUUAUGGAAAAUGUGCGUGUUGAUGAUUCUGGAAUGUCGAAUCCAGAGCAAGAUGCAUUCAUUGUGGGCCCCUCAGUCUCUCAAGAUCAACUUUUCAGUAUUAUAGAUUAUUCUCCGAAUUGGGCAUACAGUGGCAUAGAAACUAAGGUUCUAAUUACAGGGACGUUUUUGAAGGAGAAAAAAGAUGUAGAGAACAUUAAACUCUCAUGUAUGUUGCUCCGUUGUCAUGCUCCACCACAUAAAUCUGGAAGAGUUCCAUUUUAUAUUACCUGCUCUAACAGACUGGCUUGCAGUGAAGUGCGGGAAUUCGAGUUUCGAGUUAAUCAUGCUGAAUCUAUGGAGACUGAUGUGAGCAGUUGCAAUAUAAAUGAAAUGCACUUCCAUAUUCGUCUUGGGAAACUACUAACACUUGGAUCACUUGACAAUUCAAGUGGCUCUAACAUUUCUCCUGAGAAGGUUCACGUGAGAAAUAAAAUCAGUUCACUUCUUGUGGAAGCUGAUGACAAGUGGUUCAAUAUACUAAAAUUAUCAAAUGACAAUGAGUUCUCUCCUGAUAGGAUAAAGGACCAGUUGCUUCAAAAGCUACUGAAAGAGAAGUUGCAUGAUUGGCUUAUUCACAAAGUCGUUGAAGAUGGAAAAGGUCCUAAUGUCCUAGAUGAGGAGGGUCAAGGUGUUAUUCAUUUAACAGCUGCUCUUGGUUAUGAUUGGGCUAUAAAGCCAAUAAUAAUUGCAGGUGUGAAUAUCAAUUUCAGGGAUGCACGGGGAUGGACAUCCCUUCAUUGGGCAGCCUCUUGCGGCAGAGAGCGGACAGUUGUUUCUCUGGUUUCACUGGGUGCAGCUCCUGGAGCAUUAACAGAUCCAACUCCUGAUUUCCCUUCUGGAAGAACACCUGCUGACUUAGCAUCUGGAAAUGGACACAAAGGGAUUGCUGGGUUCCUUGCUGAGUCGUCUCUAACUUCUCAUCUUUCAAUCCUUACUGUAAGGGAUACGAGAGGCAUUGAUAUGAGUGAUGUGUCUGGCAUAGACGGCAUUUUCAAUUUAGAAGAGAAGAAUAGCACUCAGCUUGUUGAUGGGGGCACAGAGGCUGGUCUUUCCCUGAAGGACUCAUUAUCUGCUGUUCGUAAUGCUUCUCUUGCUGCAGCUCGUAUUCAUCAAGUGUUUAGAGUAGAUUCCUUUCAGAGGAAAAAACUGGUUGAAUAUGGUGAUGACCAGUGUGGAAUAUCAAAUGAGCAGGUUUUAUCGCUUAUAUCUGUCAAAUCAAGUAAACUAGGACAACAUGAUACACCUGUACAUGCUGCUGCAAUAAGAAUACAAAACAAGUACCGUGGAUGGAAGGGAAGGAAGGAAUUCCUGAUUACUCGGCAACGAAUUGUUAAGAUUCAGGCCCAUGUACGGGGUCACCAAGUGCGAAAACGAUACAAAAAGAUUGUUUGGUCAGUAAGUAUAUGGGAGAAAGCAGUGUUGCGCUGGAGAAGGAAAGGAAACGGAUUACGUGGGUUUCGAAAAGAAGGGCUCAUUGAGGGAACUAGUAUGCGAACAGAACCAGCUAUGGAGGACGAUUAUGAUUUCCUGCAAGAAGGAAGAAAGCAGACUGAAGCAAGACUGCAGAAAGCCCUGUCAAGAGUAAAGUCUAUGGUUCAAUAUCCGGAAGCAAGGGAUCAGUACAGACGAUUGCUGACUGUGGUUACAGAGCUCCAGGAAUCAAAUGCUGAGGAAAAUAUUCUGAACGAGUCUGUAGAUGCGGCUGAGAGUGAUUUCAUGGUUGGGCUUGAGGAGCUAUGCGGCGAAGAUGACUCGUUUAUGCCUUCUGCUUGAUGCUAACUUUGCUUAAUCUGUAAAUAUUCUUUCCUGUUGACAUCUUAGUCUAAUGUAAAUUAUCUUACUUCCCUGUUGUGACACAGCUGACAUGUAUGUUUGUAUUAACUUAAAAGAUCAAGACUGUGUUUAUGUACAUGUUAACUGUUUGACGAACUUAGCAAUAAGAUUAUCGACUAACGAUCGGUAUCUACUUCCUGCCC